GGCCUUACUUCCAAUGGUUUUAUCAACAUUUGACGUUUCAAAGAUCGCAGUGAUCACAGCUAAACCGAUCACCCCAGAGAACUUUGCCCUGUAUGGGUCCCUCCUCUCUGCUAACGAACAGAUCGAAAUUGCCGCCAGGAACAGCAAGGGCCAGGGCUCGAGUCUGGCCAACUACGGGACAGCUAUAAAGCUCCAUAAAGUAUCCCACAUUGCCAAUAAUUAUGCCCAGUGUCCGCUGGGAGCGCCUGCUACAGCUAACUGGAACAUCUUCCGCUGUUCUCCACCUAACCACUUGAUCGACUUUAAGAGCUCCACUUCCGGCAGAUACACCUGUAAAGUCCUUGAGAGACACCCGUUCAGCACCCAGACGUUCUUACCACUUGGACGUCCGGCUGCAGGGAUUGCGUAUCUAGUCAUUGUGGCCAGGACGGAUGUUUCCACCGGCCAGCGCUUGCCGGACCCGGAGACCGUGGAGGCGUUUAUUGUACGGGGGGACCAGGCUGUGACCUAUGGAAUGGGCACGUGGCACGCUCCCAUGGUUGCCUUAGGAGAGACCCAUACAGAUUUUGGAGUGUUGAUUCAUGAGAACGGGGUGGAGGACGAGGACUGCCAGGAGUGCUACUUUGAGAACCCGGGGUACACCAUCGAGUUUGAAAGCAAGUCCAGACCACUGUGUCUUUAAGAUAUUUUAGCUGGACACAUAUUGGCUUGUGAUUAGAAUUUUCCACACGUAGAUUGAGUGCUUAGCAAAUGACAUAAUACACAUCUUGCCGCAAACGACAAUGGUAUAUACAUAAUUAAGUAGCGUUCUGAGCUUAGGAUUUCAACCAUUCAGAAUCUGUUAUACUAAUUUAUCG